AUGUCUACUUACGACCAUGGUCAUCGCGAGCCCCAUCCAGGCUACGUGGAGAAGACACCAUAUGCUCACGGGUACCAGUCACGAUACACGGAAGAGAUCAUCAACAGAGGCGGCUAUGUCACUGGACACGACAACCCCUGCGACCUCCAGCUCCUGGAUCAUGUCAAUUGCGGUUACCUCUCAACGCAUGGAGUGCCGCCGACCCUGCUCGCCCUCAAGCAGCAUGCUCAGUCGCUCGCCGUCCUCAUCUCUCAGAUCACAAUCUCGAGCCAAUACGCCGAAGUCGACAACAAGAACAACGCCGACGGACGUAUCUACAAGUCGUUUCGCGACAACGAAGCCUUUGACUGGCUCAACGACCUAAGCAUGCCCUACGAGAACGACGACGAGUGGCAUAACAAACCUCUGACGGACCUCAUGAAUGUCGUCGCGAGACAGUCGGAUACCAGGGGCACCGAGCAUCACUGCCCCCUCCAGAGAUUCUCCUUGCCGGAGGAAGGAAAGACGAAGCUGCGCCCCUACGCCUCGCACAGCGCCCUCGCCAUGCACGCCAACGAGUGCCUCGAGGUGCUCGAUCACGAGUACAGCGCCACGGGCGGCCUCAUGUCCCUCCUCCCGACUGACUCCGCGGCCGACGCCAAGGAUAUGGUCGCGGUCCGCAACAGCCUGCUCGGCCAAUUCCUCCUAUUCGCCCAGCACCUCGUGGCCCGCAUGCAUGACCUCGAGCUUAGCUACGCCAACGCCCUCGACGUGACCGCCGGCGAGGCCGCCGUGCCGAUGCAGAUGCUCUCCAAGGUCGGUCCGGACGGCACCUCGGGCAGGGAGGUGGCGUACCCGCAGGACAAAUGGAUCCUAGCCAACGCCGGCGACGACGUCUUUGACCACCUGCAUCGCGCGUUGGACCGCCAGGAGGCACAGAUCAAGAUCAAGCAGCAGAUCUACGAGGCAAACGGCACGUACGGCGAGCGCCUGUGGAACGAGCAGCGUGGCGGAGACCUGUACGCCCGCGGGCUUGUAUUCUACGACGUCAAGACACGCUUUUUCCGGCUACAGGGCAAGGGAAAGAGCACCAUCUUCAUGCUUCCCGCGCACGGCGAGCAUCCGGCGGUGCAGCAGACGCGCCGCAUCGAGGUCACCCCGACGGUGGUCUCGGUCGUGACGCCGACGUGGCCGGCGCGCGUGUCUGAGUGGGAGAAGAAGUACCGCGCCAAGCUCGAGGAAGCGGACGAGAGGGAGAUCCAGCACCAUGACAUGACCGCGGAGACAUUUAAGAUGCGGGAGCACAACGAGACGCUCGCGACGGAGCUGCAGAAGGCCCGGCUCAUGAACGAGAAGUUCGAGACUUACUACACGGCGUCGGAGGCCGCGGACGGCGCCGCGGUGCUGGAGAGGAAGGCGGCGGCGCUCGAGGCGGAGCUCGCAGGGCAGAGGGCUCGGAUGGAGCAGCUCGAGAAGCUGGAGACGCAGCUGGAAAAGCUCAAGCCGCACCUGCCGGAGAGCUACAAAGGGUUCCUGUACUCGCCAUUGCCGGGGCAGACGGAGCCUCUAGGUGCCGCCAUGUUUCGGGACGCGCCUGCCACGGGUGUCAGCGACUGA